UUAGCUCUCUCUCUCUCCCUAUAUAUACGCAAAGGCACGCAGCUUCAGAACCAUCAAAGUAACAAAAGAGAAGCAAAGCAAAAUUGUAGAAGAGAACAAACUUGUGAAAGAGCAUCUUAGUUUUCUGGGCAGUGAAACGAUGUCUCUAAUCCCAAGCUUUUUCGGUGGCCGAAGAACAAACGUGUUCGACCCAUUCUCGCUAGACCUGUAUGACCCGUUCGAAGGAUUCUUAACGCCUUCAGGGAUGACAAACACAACCUCCAAGGACGUGGCAGCGUUCACAAACGCGAAAGUGGACUGGAGGGAGACAGCAGAGGCGCACGUGUUCAAGGCGGACUUGCCGGGGCUGAAGAAGGAAGAAGUGAAGGUGGAGGUUGAAGAUGGCAACAUACUUAAGAUAAGUGGAGAGAGAAGCAGCGAGAAUGAAGAGAAGAGUGACAAGUGGCACCGUGUGGAGAGGUCAAGUGGGAAGUUCAUGAGGAGGUUUAAAUUGCCGGAGAACGCGAAGGUAGAUGAAGUAAAAGCUAGUAUGGAGAACGGUGUGUUGUCGGUCACGGUGCCUAAGAUGCCUGAGAGGAAGCCUGAGGUCAAGUCUAUUGACAUCUCCGGCUAAAUAAGAUGGAAAAUCAGAGAUAAAACAAGAUAAAUAAGUAUGAUGAUGUGAAAUAAUGGGUGUGGAGUGUGUUAUUUUCUUGCUUUUUUCCUGUUCUUCUCUUUCCUUAUAAUAUGGAUCUGGAUGUAUAAUAUCUGUAAAUCUUAAUAAAAAAGUGUC